AUGGCUGACAUCCUCGAAAGAUGGGCCGUGACCAUGGUCUCGGGUGGCAAACCAGUGACAUUUCCCGGUCAUCUGUCCUUUCCUGCUGUUAGCUCGCUUGAUGGAAAGUACUCCAUCGUAGUUUUGGCUCACCAGCUCAGAGUCUAUUUUCUCCAGACCAGACAAUGUAUCAGAACGGUUGAUUUAAAUGUUGCAAAUGCUGUGGCAGUAUGGUUGGACCCUGGAAAUGGCAACCAGCUUGUGAUUUUCUUGCCUUCUACCAUUCUUUAUGUGAAUUGGAAAGAGAAAGUCAGUCAGCCAGUUGUAGCUAGACAGGUGAUCAGUCCAUUACAGAAACUCACUGAAGUGUUUGCAGUGUCUGAAAAGGCAUACUAUGCUAUCACAAAUGUGGAUUCUGUUCUUUCCAUAGUGAAAAUCGAUAGGGAACAUGCAACAGUGACGAACCUCUUUUCCACGCCUCAUGUUCUGAACUACGCUGUCUCUUCCCAAGGUUCCAAGUUGGCUGUGGUUAGUGACUUGAGUACGGUGCUCCUUUUCGAUCUCUCCAGUAUCUACACCGACAUGGCCGAGCCACAGGCAGCUAUAGAUGCUACAGUGGAGAAGUAUCCAGCUCUGACCAAAAUCUCAUGCAUGGCGGUGUCUGAUGACGGUAUCGUUGCCCUGGGAACGACCACGGGUGUCAUCCAUUUGAUUUACGGAGGUACCAACUCGUCGUUACCCACUAAGUUACUCCGCUGGCACAUAGACCCAGUCAGAUGCUUGGCUUUUUCUCAUGACCACACCUACUUGGUUUCCGGAGGUAACGAGAAGGUGCUUGUGUUCUGGCACUUGGACCUGGACCGUCCCCAGUUUCUCCCUCGUCUCAGCGGUCCUAUUGACAGAAUUCAUGUUGAUGCGAACAGACCUGACCACUACUCGGUGGCCUUGCUCGUGGAUGAGCCAACAUACUCUCUUAAUUCUAUGUCUAAACCAUCUCAUGAAAUUGUCACUAUCCUGGCUGUGGAUUUGAUUUCCAGACUUUCUGUGAGCCCCAUCAGACCAAACUUCGCUACUGGUUUGGAGACCCGUUCUCGCAAAAAGCACCACAAGGCUAUGUAUGAUAUCACAGCCCCCGUUUCCGUGCACCCCACCACACGCCACCUUUACUUUGCUAAAGGACCUUCCAUCCAGGCUUUUGACGUUGUCAGAGGCGAGCAGGCGUUUGUCCAGCACGCAGCACCCCAGAUCUCUACCGGUAGAGUCAAGAGCGAACACAAUGUGGCCGAUCCUACCGUAACAAUGGUUUCGUUUACUCCCGACGGUAACUGGAUGGCUACGUUUGAUAGUAUGCCCACUCUGGACUUUGACAAUCUUUUGCUGAAGAAUGAUACUGCCUACGCAUUAAAAUUCUGGAGACAGACUGAAGCCGGCUGGAAUUUGGCUCUGAAAAUCGUUGAUCCACAUGGUGUUGGCUUGGAUGUCGGAGCCAUUUUCCCUGGCCCCGACUCAUCCUUCACCACUUUGGAUGUGAAAGGUGGGGUGAGGCUCUGGAGAGUCAAAGUGAGUACCGCCGCCAAAGCUGAUUCCAAUCCAGAAAUCGCAGAGUGGACUCUUAGAAGAUCCAGCGCUCCUACUACAAAGUCCUCCAUAGUGUCUGGUUGUUAUUCUCCUGAUGGCUCUCUUCUCGUGGUUGCCCAUGGAUGUGCACUUAGAGCAUUGCAUCCUAAUACCCUACAGCCCAUCGCCUUCAACUUGCCCUCAUCGGAACUGCCUAUUGAAAAAGUGGAUAUCAUUGGUUCCCACUUGGUGGUUGUGUCGCAGUCCCGUCUCGUUUCAUUUGAUUUGGUGAGAGGAACCGAAACUGAACUUUCAGCAAGAAUUUCAACUUCUGGAGCUGGAAACUUGGUGGCUGUGGAUGGUGCUCGUCAGCUCAUCGCUGUGGCCACGAAUACAUUGCCUAGUGUAAACUCAACUAAGUCAAAGGGUAGGUUGACGGUCUUGAAGCCAGAUAGCUUGAAGCCCACUUACUCUGUCGCACACUCGCUGGGCAUCGCUUCGGUUACAAAUACAUCUUCAGGUUUUGUUUUCGUGGAUUCUGAGUCUAGAGUGGGGCUUUUAGCUCCUCAAACAAAGAGCAACUUGGCAGACACUGAGGAUUUGACUGCUCAGAUGGAGAAAAUCAUGGUUUCUGCUCAAGCUGCUGCCAAUGUGUUGUAUUCUAGGUCUGCUGAAGAAAAAUUGCAAAAAGAAGAUGUUAGUGACGAAAUUGAAAAGUGGACCUCGCACAAGCUUGUCGACACUGCUGUUUUGCUGCCUAUUUUUGCCAAUGUGGAAGGUAUCAGCAUGGACACGUUGUUUGAGAAGAUUGUCCGUGCGGUUCAGUAG